AUGGCGGUGGCGCAGCUGCUUAAGCUGCUCCUCCAGUUGUCUCCAGCCCUGUCUGAGCGCCUGCGAGUCUUUGAGUCUCUCAGGGAACAAAGCGACAAGAACAGGAGACGUGAAGUUAGAGAAAGCCCUCUCUCCGUCCGCCUAACUAAUGGACAGACGGUGAAGGCAACAGCUGGAGUAACCACACCGCAUUAUGUUGCACAGAGUCUGAGGGUGAAAGGAGCCCUGGUGUGUAAAGUGAAUGGGGAGCUGUGGGAGCUGGGACGACCUCUAGAGGCAGACUGUGAACUGCAGCUUCUGGGGUUUGACUCGGCUGAAGGGAGACAGGCAGCAUGGAGGACAGGAGCGUGUGUCCUUGGCAGUGUGUUGGAGGGGGUGUUUGGUGCAGAGGUGUGCAGGGAAGGAGCGUCGGAGCUUGGACUUUUUUGCGACCAUGUCCCAAGCAGCAGUUCCUUGUCGCUGAGUGAUGUGGAGGCAAAAUGUAAGGAGGCUGCAGCCCUCAAACUUCCUUUAAUCGGACUGAACAUGAACACAGAAGAGCUUCAUGAACUGUUUCAGCUGUCCUCCAUCACGGUGUCCAACCAGUCGGACUCCAGCGGCUUGACGCGUCUGCUAGGUGUGGCGUUUCCAGGAGAGAAGGACAGGCAGGAGUGGGAGAGGGAGCAGGAAGAGGCGCGGAGGAGAGACCACCGGCGGAUAGGAACAGACCAGGAGUUGUUCUUCUUCAACGAUGUGAGCCCAGGCAGCUGCUUCUUCCUGCCUAAAGGAGCCCACAUCUACAACACACUCACUGACUUUAUUAAGUUUAUGACCCUGAAGAUUUACGAGUGUGUGUCCGUGAGCGAGUACCGAAGGCGAGGCUUCACCGAGGUCGUGACCCCGACUCUUUACAGCACUGCUUUAUGGGAGCGCUCGGGCCACUGGGAGCACUACAGCGAGAACAUGUUCACCGUGACCUCGGAGGGCGCUCAGACCUUCGCUCUGAAGCCCAUGAACUGUCCUGCACACUGUCUCAUGUUUGAGCAUCGGGUUCGCUCGUGGCGGGAGCUUCCUCUGCGCUGGGCCGACUUCGGGGCUCUGCAUCGCAAUGAGCUGUCUGGAGCUCUGGGAGGACUGACUCGCGUCCGCAGGUUCUGCCAGGACGACGCACACAUUUUUUGCACACCGGAGCAGCUGGAACAGGAGAUUGUGGCUUGUUUGGACUUUGUUCGGAGCGUCUAUCAAGUGUUUGGGUUUUCCUUCCACUGCUUGCUGUCCACACGUCCUACUCCGUGCCUGGGGGAGCCUGAACAGUGGAACCACGCUGAACAGUCGUCUCGUGUGUUUGUGUCCGAGCAGCAGCUGGAGAAGAGUCUGCAGCAGUUUGCCGAACGUUGGGAGCUGAACCCUGGAGAUGGAGCUUUCUACGGACCAAAGAUCGACAUCCAGAUUAAAGAUGCAAUUGGCCGACAACACCAGUGUGCCACAAUCCAGCUCGACUUCCAGCUGCCCAUCAGAUUCAACCUUCAGUAUGUCGGACGAGACGGAAAGCUGCACAGACCAGUGAUGAUCCACAGGGCUGUACUGGGGUCACUGGAGAGAAUGAUCGCCAUACUGGCUGAAAACUUUGGAGGCAAAUGGUGA